AUGCCGCUCAUCAACAACCCGCUGCCCUCUUCUAUGAAGACUUCAGGNUCCGCUCCUUCCGCCAUCGGUACUGUUGGUGGUGGCUUUGGUGGUCAGAUUGGAUUCGAACUCACCGACUUCGUCUUUAUCCUCAACGAUGCUGCUGCUGUCCGUACCUUUGCUCAAGCCGGCAGUAUCACCCUGGGAGGCAACGUCUCGAUCGCCGCCGGUCCCGUCGGUCGCAAUGCCGAGGCCGCUGGCGCUGCGUCGCUCAAGGGUGUCGCUGGUAUCUUUGCCUACAGCAAAACCAAGGGCUUGUUCGCCGGUGUCUCUCUGGAAGGCAGUGCCAUGAUUGAGAGAAGAGAUGCAAACGAGAAGAUGUACAACCGUCGCGUCACUGCCAGAGCCCUGCUCGAGGGUGCCGUUCCCGUUCCGCCUCAGGCCGAGCCUCUGAUGCGCGUCCUCAACAGCAGAGUCUUUGCCGGAGUCGCUGCCCAGCAAGGCGACGCCAUGUACAACGACAUCCCAGUCUACGAUGAGUCUCACGACGAUGUCAUCUGGCAGGGCAAGAGAGGUUCCGCUCACGGUGAGGGUGUCCGUUCCGACCGUACAGGCGCUGCCGGCGGCUUUGGAGCUCCUUCACGUGCCAGUACAUGGCAGGACGAUGUCUAUGACAGACAACCCAGCUUCGGAUCGCGCGCCAACCCUAGCGAAACAUUCGAUCGCCUGGAAGCCUCUCGCCAACGCAGUAACAGCGCAUAUGCCGAUCAGGCAGAAUACUCGUACUCUGACCGCAAACCUUCCAGACCUAGUGCUCCUAAGCCAACUUUUAGCAGCGCUAACACCUCAACCCCCAAGCCUGGUCAGGCCAUCGCAAAGUUCACCUUCGAUCCUGAUCAGCCUGGAGACUUGGGUUUCAAGAAGGGCGAUAUCAUUACCAUUGUCAAGAAGACUGAUAACAGCAAUGAUUGGUGGACAGGCAGAAUUGGCACAAGGGAAGGCAUUUUCCCCAGCAACUACGUUGAACUUACCUAA